AUGCGACUGAUCGAGAACAUUUGGAGAGAAAUCUCCCGUGUUGCUGCGAAUUUGCGAGAGAGAGAUUUGAUAAUGAGGGAGAGAUCGAUGGAAAUUCUCGAUCUGGUUCUUCCCGAUGAGAAAACGCGUGUGGAGAAAACGAAGGAGAGAGGGCUGAGGGCUUGCAGGAAGCGAAAGAGAUUGGUUAGGCGCAUUAAGAACGAGCAUCACGAUUUAAAACCACUAUCCCGUUUUCUUGAAGAAGUAGAUGAAGACAUACUGUUGGAGAUAUUUGUUCGCCUCCCGAACUAUCGGUCUGCCAUUCUCUUUGCCGCUGUCUGUCACAAGUGGCAGUCUUUAAUUUCGAGGCCACGUUCUAUUAGUAGAUUCAUAUCACAUCAUAAUGAACACAAGGACCGCUAUCCACAACCAUGCACAAUCAUAUUUCAUAGAGCCUAUUAUUUGGGUUAUCUUAACGAGCGCUUUACUCUCCCACAUUUUCAACCAAUUUGCAAGCUUUCUUCACAGGACUCAAUGUUUCUUCGUCAAACAUCAAAUACUGCUACUAAUUAUUUGGACUUCUUGCCUUCGCCAAUGGCCAUAAGAGCAUCCUGCAAUGAUUUAUUGCUUGUCUCCCCUCAUCUCAGCUGUUGGAAACAUCUCUACUACAUUUGCAAUCCAAUAACAAGACAAUUUCAUCGGCUCCCGAAGAUAGCUCCAACUGUUCGGGAUUUGUAUACUGUUGGUCAGGCAUUAAUAUGCAUGCCUGACAACGAAUUUAAGGUCGUUGUUCUUGAUAAGUCUCAUAUGCCGCUUCCAAUUGUGGAAGAAGAUGAAAUAUCUUCCCACCGUGUUUAUAGCGAAGUGAGGAUAUUUUCUUCCAAGACAGGAACGUGGGAAAGUAAAUGCUUGGAGUAUCCGACGACCCGUGACCGAUGGUGGGUUUAUUGGGUAGAAAUGAUUACGUGCCCAAUCUCUGGAGUCGUGUAUUGGUUGGAGCAAGACUAUAAUAUGGAUAGGGUUCUUUCAUUAGACUUGCGAAAUGAAAGUAAAGUCGGUAUUGUAGACUUUCCUGACGAUUAUUGGUGGCACCCGAUGAGUGCAACGGAUGUACGGAAAAGUCAGAAGAGAAGUGGAAUUAAGGGUGAUCACGUCAAAAGUCAGAUUGGGGUUGUGAGUGGUGAAUUGUGGUUGCUACAAUUUGUUUCCACCAUAGUGAAAGGAAUGAUUAAUCUUAAGGUGUGGAGAUUAAAUAAUUGUAGUAAGUGGAUUCUAGUUGAGGACAGAAAAAAUUUGAAAGAUCCCAUCAACGAGGAGGCGGCGGCGGAGGAGUUUGUGGGUGGUUUUACUCAUCCAUUGAAUAAUGAAGCACUCAUUUUGGUGUGGGGUAGAAAUAUUGUUGAAUAUAAAUUAACGGAUGGAACCGUUGAGAUAUUAGGUGUGCUUCAAGAAUACAUUAAUCUUAGUGAGUUUGCGUGGUAUAUGGAUGAGCGUCUUGUGUGCACUCCUAUGAUGCUUCCCACCUGGCCUACGACACUUCCUGCCUCCAAGUCUUUAUAGCUUUUUUUCUUUCUUCUGCUGCUUUUUUUCUUCUUUUUUUUUGGCCAUUACAAGACUGGUUUUUCUGGUGCUCACUGCCAGAAUAGUAUCCGUGUUCUAAGACUUGUGUAUUUCCCGUUUCAAUAUUUAAUAUAUAUUAUUCUUGGGGGUUAUUUUUCUUACAUUUGUUUUCGAGUUUUUUAGGGAUGGAUACACUUCACUUGAAUUGCUAAAUAUGUGCAUUGUAGAUGGAAUUUUCAAAUGAAUCUAACGUUAUAUAUAUAUUGAAUGCCA